AUGAGACACCAACCUAUCUCUUCAGUUUUAUCUUUUCCUCCUCUGCUCCUUCUUGUGUCACUUCUCUUUUCUUUUGUGUCUUCUUCAACUCCCCAGAAUUCUUUGUACAGUGGCUCUUCUCUGUUAGUGGAAGAUGUUUCAAAUGUCCUCACCUCUCCAGACAAUACCUUCACUUGUGGAUUCUACCCAGUUGGCAUAAAUGCAUUCUGUUUCUCAAUUUGGUUCACCAAUACGGCUAACAGAACUGUCGUAUGGAUGGCUAAUCGAGACAGGCCUGUUAAUGGCCAUGGCUCGAGAAUUUUGCUGCAGAGAGAUGGAACAAUGGUUCUAACCGACCUUGAUGGCACAAAUGUUUGGUCCACCACCACCACCACCACCGGGACUAAUGUGCAAAAAGCUGAGCUCUUGAACUCUGGAAACCUUAUCCUAACAGACCCACAAGGGAAAAUCCAGUGGCAAAGCUUUGACUCUCCCACUGAUACACUUCUCCCAAUGCAACCAUUCACAAAGAGUAAGAAGCUGAUUUCUGCAACGGGAGAAGGUAUGUAUUCUUCAGGAUAUUUUAGUUUUUUCUUCGACAGUGACAAUGUUUUGAAGUUAAUAUAUGAUGGGCCUGAGAUCUCCAGUUUAUACUGGCCCGAUCCUCAAUUCGAUACAUAUCAGAAUGGGAGAACAGAUUAUAACAGCAGCAGAAUAGCCAAUCUUGAUGAUACGGGAAAUUUUUCAUCCAGUGAUUUAAUGAGAUUUUCUGCUUCCGAUAUGGGGACUGGGAUUAGGAGGAGACUUGUGAUGGAUUAUGAUGGUAAUCUGAGACUCUAUAGCUUGAACGAGUCAACUAUGUCUUGGGUUGUAUCUUGGCAAGCUCUUUCAGAGCAGUGCAAUGUACACGGGCUGUGUGGCAGAAAUGGAAUUUGUGUCUAUACGCCAAAACCCCAGUGCUCCUGUCCACCAGGUUAUGAGGUGACUGACCCACAUGACUGGAACAAAGGUUGCAAGCCUAAGUUCAACCUGAGCUGCAACCCAACUCAGAAAGUAAGAUUCAUGAAGCUACCACAAACAGAUUUCUAUGGAUUUGACCUAGCUUUCCAACAACCUGUAUCAUAUGGAAAUUGCAUGAACCUCUGCUUGAAUGCUUGUGAUUGUCAGGCUUUUGUGUAUCGGCUAACAGGGGAAGGGAAAUGUUUUACUAAGAGUGCACUCUUCAAUGGGUACAAGUCUACAGACUUCGUAGGCCAUAGUUAUUUGAAACUACCCACAAGUCUGGAGAUAUCAGAAGAAUCCACCCCCAAAGGAUCUGAUCCCACUUGUGGAUCCAUUAAACCAGAAAUUCCUCCGGGUUCUUCUGUAAUGUAUGUCACACAGAGUGGAAGGACAAAAUGGAUGUAUCUAUACUCAUUUGCCCUGGCCAUUGGUGCAAUUGAAGUUCUUUUUGUUUCUUCAGGUUGGUGGUUUCUUUUUAGGAGACGUGGUGUGCCAACAUUACUGGAGACUGGAUACCAAGCAAUAUCCAGUCAGUUCAGGAUGUUUACUUAUGAAGAGCUGAGGAAGGCAACCAAUAAGUUCAAAGAUGAAUUGGGAAGGGGAAGCUCAGGAGCUGUUUAUAAAGGAGUUUUGGGGGAUAAUAGAGUAGUAGCAGUGAAGAAAUUGGGAGACAUAAUCCAAGGAGAAGAAGAGUUUUGGGCAGAGGUGACCACAUUUGGGAGAAUUAACCAUAUGAACCUAGUAAGAAUAUGGGGAUUCUGUUCAGGAAGGGUCCACAAACUCUUGGUCUAUGAAUAUGCGGAGAAUGGUUCAUUGGAUAAGCACUUGUUCUCCAAUGUCUCUAGGAGUGACGGCCACAGCACUAGUAGAACUACUCCUCUAGAAUGGAAGGAGAGGUUCAGAAUAGCGAUAGGGACAGCUAAGGGUCUGGCAUACCUUCACCAUGAGUGUCUUGAGUGGGUUAUUCACUGUGAUGUAAAGCCUGAAAACAUACUAUUGGACAGUGAUUUUGAACCAAAGAUUGCAGAUUUUGGACUUUCAAAACUGUCUCAGAGAGGUGGAUCUGGUUCUGAAUUUUCUAGGAUCAGAGGAACAAAGGGGUAUAUGGCUCCAGAGUGGGCAGUAAACCUUCCUAUCACUGCAAAGGUUGAUGUUUACAGCUACGGAGUGGUGCUUUUAGAGAUUGUUAAGGGCAUUCGGCUCUCUAGUUGGGUUCAGAGGGAUGAGGAUGCUGAAACCACAGGGCUCACAAGGUUUGUCAGGGAAGUGAAGAGGAAAAUUGGAAAUGGAGAAGACUUGUGCGUUGAGGAUGUAGUGGAUCCAGAAUUGAAGGGGAAGUUCAACAGGAACCAGGCAACCAUGAUGGUCAAGAUAGGAAUCUCCUGUGUAGAGGAAGAUAGAAGCAAGAGACCAACCAUGGAUGCAGUAGUUCAAGCUCUACUAAAAUGUGAAGAUGAGGCACAUGUCUUCUGAUAAGAAUCUACAUGUAUGUUUGAAUACCACAUGCCAGUAACUUGUAAUUUUUUUUCUUCUUUCCUUUCACGAAUGAUAAAGAGUUCCUCAAUGAAUUGUUUCACUGUAACACAGUAUCAACCAUUAAGAAACUGGAAGGAAAUGUAUGGUAUUCUUCCU